GAUUUUAUCUCUCAACAGUCGCGUAACCUCCAUUCACUAUCAUUGACCCCUUUUUUUAAUGUAAUCCCUCAAAAAUCGAAAAUGUUAAAUUAAAAAUUUAAAAAAUGGCAUAAGUGCGGCGGAAGGGCGUCAUUCUUAGGUUUUAGACUCGACUAGUCAGUAAAAAGGGUUGGAAGGCCGGGAGGAGUUUCCGUAUAGUGAAAGAGAGAGAGAGAAAGAGUGAGUGAGAGAGGAGUGAUGUCAUUCCGAUCGGGCCGCCACUUCUGACCGGACUCGACGGCCUGCGACGACGAUGCGUUUUUGUCGGUAGAUGCUGAUCGAGGGCCGAUAUGUUCACCUCGUCGAAUGGGAGCAAGAGCUUCUCACUCGCCAACAUAAUCGAAGAACAGCUCAACAAUAUCACAUUGGGUGGGAAUCCUUUGAAUCUGGUGGAGCCGGAGAGCGGCUUGGGUCUGGAGGACACCCUCGCGCCCGUGGAGGAGGCCGGCUCCUCCAGGAGGAACAGCAUCCCCGGCUCCGGCUCCAGCGCCUCCAGAGACGACGGCAGUCCGCCGGUGGACAAGGCCGUCGAACCUCUCCAGCAGAACGAGAUCCGGUGGUUCUACAAAGAGGCCGGCUCAAAGACCUGGCGCCCCUUCAACGGCCACGAUACCAUCAGCAUCGAGUCUGUGUUCAGGACCCUGCCGAAGGAGGUGCAGGAGUCAAAGGGCAAACACGGACAGCCGAACGCCAGACCAGCUGAACCGGCAGUCUCCAGUGCCUUAGAUAACAAGCCCACGGGGGCAAGGACACCGACCAACCCGAAAGUCCUUGUGCUCGGAGGGCUUUACGAAGUUGAUCUUGUUGAUCGGACGUGCCUCUCCAUCUAUUGGCCAGGGGAAGAAUUUAUAAUUACAAGGGGAUCUUGGUUUUAUGAAUCUUGGCAGCCUUUGGAUGAAGAAUCAUCUAGGAAUGUCGAGGAAAUAUACCUCGAGCUUUUCCUGGGGAAGAAAAACUCCGAUUAUUUAGUUGACAGCACGACAAAUGCUAUUAGAACAGAGGUCUUUUCUGACUGCAAUAUCGAUUGGUACUCCCCGACUGAAGUCUACCUCUAUAAAAAAGCAGCUUCAACAAAAAUUGUGCGCAGUUUUACGCAAAAAUUAGGAUAUUUUAAAAAAUCGACUGGCUCCAAAAUAAUUCGUGGUUACAAAAAUUUAGCUAAAGAUGAUGACAAACACAAAGAUAUAACACAUCUUGUAUUCGUUGUGCAUGGAAUUGGACAAAAAAUGAAUAUAGGUGCGCAAAUAUUCAGCAAUACUAUUUCCAUAAGAGAACGAGUUUCAUAUCUUCAGGAUAAAUAUUUUCCUGAGUGCAAUGAAAGAGUUGAAUUUUUUCCAGUUGAAUGGAGAAGCAAUCUUGUUCUAGACGGAGGCACUGUAGAUGCAAUAACGCCAUUGCACAUAAAAUACCUCCGUCAGGUACUUAACUCAUCUGCUAUGGACAUAAUGUAUUACACAAGUCCAUUGUACUGCGGUGAAAUACAGCUGGGGCUUGUCACCGAAAUGAACCGGCUGUACUCAAUGUUUCUUGAGAGGAAUCCUCACAUGAAGCCAAAAGUGUCUGUGAUCGCUCAUUCUUUGGGAGCUGUUAUUGUAUAUGACAUUGUUACCGGAUGGAUGCCAAUGGGCACACAAAAUAGAAGUGAUAUAGAACCGGGUAAAUCACGUUUAAGGUUUCCUUUGGAUAAUUUUUUCUGUUUGGGUUCACCGCUGGCAGUUUUCUUAGCUUUAAGAGUACCGAAAGGUCAUCAUGGUUACCAUUUGUUCCCGCCAACACUCUGCAACAGACUGUAUAACAUAUACCAUUUGACAGAUCCCGUCGCUUAUAGGCUGGAGCCGCUUGUGGUGAAAGAUUAUUCAAGAAUCGCUCCUCUUCCUCUCCACUCGUACAACGCUAUCAACCCGAUACCAUACAGUGAAAUGAACUUGGAACUUGAAGAGCCUGCAGACAUUAAUGCUGUUUCGGUUUUCCCACCUGAUGGUACAUCAUCGCCAGUAGAAACACCCAAUAAAGAUAAGAGUUGGAGGUUUUGGAACCUAGUCCGGGGGAAGCAGUGUGCUGAAACUGGCGGCUCUCCUCACCACAUGGAUUCACAGUCACAAGCGAGGGAUGACGAAGGUAAUUCAAGCACUACCAGACUACCUGGAGGCUUGCAGCAUCGACUCGAUUAUGUACUGACAAGCGGCACAGUCGUCCCUUUGGUCUUCCGUUCUGUGCUCAUAUCACACACAGCGUACUGGAACAACAACGAUGUCGCCUACUUUGUGCUAACGCGGAUCUUCCCGGAGCUGGAGAUCCAGCGCGCCUUCUCCGACAAAUCCGAGCCAAAAAAACUAACCCGCAUUUUACCACAAUUUUUUGCCAAGCAUAUUUGAAGAAGUUAGCCUUUCAGCAAACAAUAUUUUAUUUUCUGAAUAAAUUUUUGAUAUCGAUAAGUCAAAUUUUAAACUUAAUGUUUUUCAGGCUGUAUGCCCUUUGACAGUUGAGAUAGAAUAAGAAAGCAUGGUUUGUAUGAAAAUCAAGAGAAAUGUGCUCACGCUAUUGUAAGACUUUGCCAAUCUUUUCUUGUAGAAGUUUUUAUUUCUAAAAAAACAAAACAAAAACAAGGAGAAUCAAACGAAAAAUGAAGAUUAAUUGUUGGGGGAAAAACUUUGUAACAAAUUGAACGAUAAAACGCUACAAGGAGAUCAGAAGAGACACUUACAAAAUUAAGAAGAACAUUAAAAAAAAUAAUAUAAAGA